AUGCCUUCUUCAACAGAAAAGGAUAGAAUAUACAUAUAUGUGGAUUUAUUUGAUAAAAAGAAGGGAAUAUAUGAAGAAUGUAAAACGAAAUAUAAAGAGCAAAGUUUAAAUAAUUACUGUGAUCAGGUAAACUCAGUGGAUCGUAAUGGUAUAAAUGAUUUUGAUAAUACUUGUCCAUAUAUUAUUGAUUGUAUAUAUGAUCAAAAAGAAGAUGGUGAAAAAAUUAAUGAUCAUGUUUGUAUAUACUUAUAUUAUUGGUUAUAUGAAAAUUAUUAUAAAAAUGAAGGUGAUUUUGAGAAUGUAAAAAAACGAUAUGAAGUAUAUCUAAAGGCGUAUGCAAAUUACCAGCAUUCUAUAUGCGAUUAUUAUAAAAAUAACUUUACAGACGUUAUAUUAAAAAAGCUCAAAGAUAUAUAUGAUAUGAACACUGAACUUGGCAAUAUAAAAAAUAGUAAAGGACCUUGCAGUAGUAGUAAAUGCAAAUGUGCCAAGAAAUUCUAUGAAAUAUAUAAUAAAUACGUAAAUGAUUGUAAAUCAAAUAAUGACAGAGUUUUUUGUAAAGCAUUAAAAAAAUAUAUAGGAGAAUAUAAUAAGCAAAUGGCAAAUGGAAAUUCUUGUAAUGGUAUACCGGAAUUUUUGCCAUUAUUCCAGACAUAUAACAUAAAAGUUUAUAUCAUUAUACCCAUUGUUGCAGCAUUAAUGAUAACCCUUUUUAUAUUUAUCAUGUAUAAGUUCACUAUUUUAGGAUCAUGUUUGCAAAAUAGAAUAAUAAUUAAAAGAAAUCUUAGGAAUAAUUUAUAUAAUGAGUGCAAUAUUUUGCAAGAAUCACAAAUGUCAUGCAGUAAUUUAAGGAAUAGAAUAUAUUAUAUAUUAUAUAGUUCUGAUUAA